UACCUUCGUGAUAAUCACAUGACUUUAUUCCUUCUUUCACAAAUCAGAAAAAAUUUGCAAACACCGUCACCGGAGUAUCCACCGAUAAAUACGUCCAAAAACACAGACAUGACGUCUUAUGAAGAUGACGAUAAUUUCGGAGGGAGUUACAGCAUUGUUGGUUCUUUCCCUAAAGAUUUCGACUAUGGCCCAGAUGAAACAGAUGAUAUUUCCACAACUGAAAACAAGCCUAGGAUCCUUCUAAUGGGAUUAAGAAGAAGUGGGAAAUCUUCCAUACAGAAGGUUGUCUUUCACAAGAUGUCACCGAAUGAGACAUUGUUCCUGGAAAGCACCAGUAAAGUUGUGAAGGAUGAUAUUUCAAACAGCUCAUUUGUACAGUUUCAGAUCUGGGACUUUCCAGGUCAAAUAGAUUUUUUCGAUCCAGCGUUUGACUCUGAGGUGAUCUUUGGAAACUGUGGGGCUCUUGUAUUCGUUAUUGAUGCUCAGGAUGACUACAUGGAAGCCUUAGCUAAACUACAUAUGACAGUCACUAGAGCUUACAAGGUUAAUCCUAAUAUCAAGUUUGAGGUAUUUAUCCAUAAGGUGGAUGGCCUCUCUGAUGAUCAUAAAAUUGAAACACAACGGGAUAUUCACCAAAGAGCAACAGAUGAGCUAACAGAUGCCGGACUUGAUGGAUUACAUUUAAGUUUUUAUUUGACAAGUAUUUAUGACCACUCCAUCUUUGAGGCAUUCAGCAAAGUCGUUCAAAAACUUGUACCUCAACUUCCAACACUUGAAAACCUGCUAAACAUCCUAAUCAUGAACUCAGGCAUUGAAAAAGCAUUCCUCUUUGAUGUUGUCAGCAAGAUUUAUGUAGCUACUGACAGUUCCCCUGUAGAUAUGCAGUCCUAUGAGCUCUGCUGUGACAUGAUUGAUGUAGUCAUUGAUAUCUCAUGUAUUUAUGGUCUUCGUGAGGACGGUGAUGGUAGUGCAUAUGAUGUGGACACGUCAUCUGUUAUCAAGCUCAACAACAGCACGAUAUUGUACCUCCGAGAGGUCAACAGAUUUCUAGCCUUGGUUUGUAUUCUACGAGAAGACAACUUUGAGAAGAAAGACUGCCAAGGUGGCCACGAUAGCACUCGUCGAAUCCAGUUCGAAAUACGAAAACUUGGAAAUGAGAAGGAUAAAGCGGUGCUCUCUUCGGUCUUAUCGAUUAUAACUUCCAUUGUUUCCGACAAGCAAUCUCUGAUGUUUUUGAAGUACGCAAGCAAAUCCGGACGCCUUCAGAGAGUACUUAUCCCCAUCCCACCUCGCACUCCAACGGCAGUGCGCCGGGCGUGGGAAUGGGUCGAGGAGAUGCUGUUGUGGUCUAGACAUAAAGCAUACUCUAUAUUGCUCAUGGCAGGUUGUCAGUACACCGCUGACCUGCAGAAACGAUAUUAUAUAUUGAAUCACCAGGGUGAGAAAAGGAAAAAUUGUUAUUGGUCUGAGAUGGAAAGAAAUGAAUUUUUAUUAACCCUUUUUUCAUUAAUAGGGGACUUGCGCUAAGAGGUCACGUGACUGUUUGGGUGGCAAACUAGCGCGCGCUCAGGCUUUUAGCGGCAAAAUAACAGCAAGAAAAAGCAACGUAUUAAGCAUUUACAAAUAAAGCCAGAAAGGUUUUUUUAGAAACGGUUUAUUUUCUUUUAAACAUUAAAGCUGACGACAGUCAGCUUUCGCUUUUCUACUUAGACACUAAAUUCCGAUAGAAAAGGUGUUAAAGUGCAACGAAGAAAAUCAGCGAGACAUUAUGUUACUAAGUAUAGAGGCUUGUGUUCAAGGCUGAACUCAGGCCUCAAAAUGUUGCCUCCAGUUGGUUAUCUCGAGUUCCCAUCAAUCUGAUGUUGAAAGAAAACAAUAUGAAAGGGGUUUUGCUUGCGAGAUGUUCCUUGCUUUGCGGCUUUGUUGUCUUGGUAACUGAUGGCUUGGGUACGCGCUUAUUUUGUCAGAAAUCCCGUUAUUAUCAUUGCUUAAUGUGGGAGACCUUUUAUAACUUGGUAUUUGCUUGGUUUUAGGUCAGUUACUAAUUAUACAAAUUGUAAUAAAGAGAUGAGAGUUGUAAAUUAAAAUACAGUUUUAUAUAGAAACAAUACAAUAUCUAUUGACCUUUA